AUCCAAUGUAAAUGUCAUUUUGUUUGGUCAGGAAACAACUUUACAUUGAGUUUAGGAAGAAACAUUUGUGUUGAACGUUAGCGAUAAAUUGUAAAAAUGUCACGAGGAGGAAAAGGUCGAGGAAGGGGGCGUGGAAGUAUGACGUUUAAUGUUGAAGCUAUUGGAUUCGGAAGAGGCGACGCAUUGCCUGCUUCCACAUUGCAGCCUCCUUUACCAUACCCGCCACUUCGACAACAGCCUGUUCCAUUGUUGGCUGGUGAAGAAACUGAUUACUUGCUUGCGUUAAAAAAGGAAUACAUUCAAACAAUGCAGAAUUCCCCUUACUUUAUUCAAGCUGAACAAGCAAAAAAUGAUAUAGUUCGUUAUUCGGACAAAUAUAAAUCGAGUAAAAACAUGGACAACACAAUAAACUGGAAACCCGAUUGGAGAAGACUUCCAAGUGAAUUGAAAGUAGCUGUGAGAAAAAAACGUUUAGCUCAGAAUAUUGGUCCUCCACCCAAAUUGGUCAAGCAUUUAAAAACAGGAGCAGACAUCACAAAAACAUUGGAUGCACUUGAGAAAAAAGAAAGUAAAACUGAUCAUGAGGAAAAUGAGGAGGAAGAAGAGCAAGAAGAGAAUUUUGAAAAUGAAGAGGAGCAAGAGGAAGAUGAAAAUGAUUACCUCACCUCGUAUUUUGAUAACGGAGAAAACUAUCUUGAUGAAGAGGAAGACAAUUUGGAUGAUAAAGAUGGUGGGAUUUACUAAACAUCAACAUAUCAAGAUGUGAUUCAAUACAGUGUUGGCAAUGAAGGUUGGGAGGAGAUCUCACGAAGCAAAACAAACAAUGUGAUUUUUCACUUUGUAUUUAUUGCAAAAGAGAUGCGGAACUCUAGGAGUACACAAUAUCAGUGAAGAAAUUAAAUUGGUUUGAAGAUGGAUUUUCAUUUUUUCACAAAAUAUAAAAUUAUGACACCACGAAAUCACAAGUGUACAAAUUCUCAAACACACACGCUAUAAGUUGUAAUAUUGUUACCACACUUAAAAAAAAUAAUUUGGCAUUUUGUAGUCAACAAAACGAUAUCAAUCACAUGUUUUUCAACGAACUUCAAACCACAUACAAUAAAACCUAUCUACAAUAUAAA